UUGCACAUUGUUUUGUGGACUACCAAAGUACAAAGCAGCUGCCGCUCCCAAACGCGACCUUGGAAAAUCGAACCAGCAUGAACCUCACGGGGCUUCAGUAACUCCCACGACGGACGACGGAGAGGCGAGAGAGAGAGAGAGAGAGAGAGAGAGAGAGAGAGAGAGAAUGGAAUUGAAGGAGAUAGAGGAUGAGGGGGAAAUCCACCCGAGCGGGGCAGACGAAUCGCAAUCCGCGGUCCCCAAAGCUGCCACCGACGUCCCGGACGUCAAUUCGAAUAGAUCCUCGUCCCCAGAGAUCGAAGUCCACCUCUUCCGCGGAGGUAAAGGUCCCAUCGAUGUUUUCAAGUCGAAGCUCGGCGGGUGGGGUCAGGACAGCCUCGAAGUCCAGGAUAUCCUUGACAAGUACGGGUUCAAAUCCAUCUACGCCUUCAACCCCAGCUCCGGCCGCGGCGUUCCCAUCCGUUUCAAUCAUAAAAAUGGCCGAUCGAUCCUCCCUUACAGGCCUGGUGCGGUAAUCUACGUCGACGGCGAACCUCGGGACUCACUGAUCAAGCCAAUAUCGAAAAUCCUUCUUGGAGUCGCAUUUCUCACUCUUCUCAUAUCAGUGUUUGUCAAGGAAACGCCGGCUUGGAUCAAAAACUCAGAUUUUAUGGGUAGGAUGUUCCCUCCAUGGGUUAUUGCAUGCAUAGUUAUUGUGUUCACUCGCCUGCGGAAGAGAACUCGCCAGUUUCUGAAAAGAUACGGUUGGUGAAUGGCGUACCUGUUAUCCAGUUUGUAUCUACUCUUGAUGUGGCGCUGGCCCUGUGUCAUCUCCCCUUCUUUGGGUCUUUGAAUCCAGGCCAUUGAAUUCUCAGUCUGUACUGUCCUGCGAGUUGCAGGUUUUCUGGCUUCGAUCUUUAUGAGUUGAUGAAAGAAAUGAGUACUCUUGGAGUCAGAGAAACAGUGAAAAUAAGUCUCUCUCUCUCCUCUUUCUUGAAAAUUGCAUUUUCCUUAGUA